AUGAGCUCCUUCCUCGAGUACCCCGUCCUCGGCGGCGAGGCGGGGGGCUGCGCCGCCCGCGCCUACCACCCCGACCACGGGAUUACAACUUUCCAGCCCUGCGCCGUCAGCGCCGGCAGCUGCAGCGGGGAGGACCGCUUCCUCGCGGGCCGCGGGGUGCCCAUCAGCCCCCACCGCCACCACCACCACCACCCCCCGGCCCAGCCCGCCGCCUACCAGCACCACGGCGGCCUGGGGGUGUCCUACGCGCACCCCGGCUGCGGCCCGACCUACGGCGCGCAGGGCUUCGGACCGGCGUACGGCCCCUCCCUCGGGCAGGACGCGGAGCUGGGCGGCGGCUUCCCCCCCUGCGCCCCCGCCGUGUACUCGGGGAGCAUCUCCUCCUCCGCCGCCGCGCAGCACCCGCACCAGGGCUACGCGGGGGGCCCCGCUCAGUACGUGCCUCCCCCGUACGGGCAGGAGCAGCAGAGCCUGCCCCUGGGCACCUACAACCAUGCCCUGUCUCCCCUCCACGCCGGCCACCGGGAAAACGCCCGCUCCCCCUCCGCCGAGACCUCGCCGCCGGCGCAAACCUUCGACUGGAUGAAAGUGAAAAGAAACCCACCCAAAACAGGCAAGGCUGGCGAGUACGGCUUCGUGGGGCAGCCCAACACCGUCAGAACUAACUUCACCACCAAGCAGCUCACCGAGCUGGAGAAGGAGUUUCAUUUCAACAAGUACCUGACCAGAGCCAGGCGGGUGGAAAUCGCCGCCUCCCUCCAGCUCAACGAGACGCAGGUGAAGAUCUGGUUCCAGAACCGGCGGAUGAAGCAAAAGAAACGGGAGAAAGAGGGGCUGCUGCCCAUCUCCCCCGCCACCCCCACGGGCUGCGAGGAGAAGGCGGAGGAGUCCUCGGAGAAGUCCUGCUCGUCGCCCUGCAGCGCCUCGCCCGCCUCCUCCGCCUCGGACACGCUCGCUGCCUCCAACUGAGGAGCCCCGUCGCGCCCCGACGGCCGCCCGUCGCGACGCCCCCGCCAGCGCAGCUCGCGGCCGUUCACCGCGGUUA